AUGUUCAUAUUGUGGGACGGCGCCAUCCUGGGAAGCCUGGAGUCACUCGGCAGCAGCAGCGGCGGCAGCAGCAGCAGCGGGAGCGAGCUCGCCGCUCCGGCGGCUUUCCAAGCAGCAGGCGGUCCAGCCGGCGCCGUCGCGCCGUCGCUGCAGGGUCAGGAGGCAGCGGCACCAGCAGCCCAGCAGCAGCCGCUGCAGCCGCAGCAGCGGCCGCGGCAGCCGCGCGUGGAGGACCCCCUCGCCGCGCUGUCCGCCUCGUCCCCGGCCGUUGGAGCCGAGAUCAGCGCCUUCUCGUUCCUGGCGGUCGCCACUUCUUUCAUUGGGUUCGUCCUGGGGCUCACGGACUUUGUGGCCGGCGCGCUGGCGCUGCCCAGCCGGCAGGCGCCGGCGCCGUACCUGGUCGCGCUGCUGCCGCCGCUGGUGCUGGCGGUGUCGUUCCCGGGGAUAUUCCUGACGGCCAUCGACACGGCCGGUACAUAUGGCGUGCUGACCCUCUUCGGCAUCCUGCCCUGCGCCAUGGCUUGGUCCGCGCGGUAUGGCAGCGGCGCCGGCGACAGCGGCAGCGGCAGCAGCAGCAGCAGCAGCAAGAGCGGCGGCAGCGAAAGCAGCGGGGGCAGCGGGGGAGCCUUGCGCGGAGAGGUUGUUGAGCUGGUGCCGGGCGGCAAGCCCGCGGCACGGGCUUUCUCGUCCUCUGGCCCUGCGCUGUCUGAUGACCUGCACUCGCUGAUCAAGCGCGAGCUGCAGCACGAGCAGACCACUUACGAGCAGCCGGAGCCGCUGGCCAAGGGGCCCCCAGCUCCAUUCACUGUCAGCGGCGCACCUGGGGACGGCACGGUGACGCUCAAGCGUGACUACAAGGGCGAGACGAUCUCCGUUGAUGCUGCCGUAAAUCUGCAGGAGGGCGUGCCGCAGGAGUUGGAGGAGGGGGAGGAGGACGAGGGCGACGAGGGCGAGCUCGGCUCGGAGGUCGUCUUCAACGUGACUGUCACCAAGGGCGAGUCAUCCCUGGUAUUUGAGUGCGUCAGCGACGGCACCUACCUGGAUGUGCGGCACGUAUCGCAUGAACCGGCGAGCGGCCCGGAAUCCGCGACCGCAUACACGGGUCCGGCGUACGACGAGCUCCCUGUGCCGCUGCAGGAAGCGUUUGGGUCUUACCUGGAGGAGCGCGGCAUCAACGAGGACCUGGGGGAGUACCUGCGCCACGCCGUGUAUGACAAGGAGCAGCGCGAGUAUAUCGGCUGGCUGGAGCGCGUCAAAUCGUUCCUGGGGGCCAAGUGCAAGGCGGCACAGGCUUUCUCGUCCUCUGGCCCCGCGCUGUCUGACGACCUGCACUCGCUGAUCAAGCGCGAGCUGCAGCACGAGCAGACCACUUACGAGCAGCCGGAGCCGCUGGCCAAGGGACCCCCGGCUCCAUUCACUGUCAGCGGCGCACCUGGGGACGGCACGGUGACGCUCAAGCGUGACUACAAGGGCGAGACGAUCUCCGUUGAUGCGGCCGUAAACUUACAGGAGGGCGUGCCGCAGGAAUUUGAGGAGGGGGAGGAGGACGAGGGCGACGAGGGCGAGCUCGGCUCAGAGGUCACCUUCAACGUGACCGUCACCAAGGGCGAGUCAUCCCUGGUGUUUGAGUGCGUCAGCGAUGGCACCUACCUGGAUGUGCGGCACGUAUCGCACGAACCGGCGGGCGCCCCGGAGUCAGAGACUGCUUACACAGGUCCGGCGUACGACGAGCUCCCUGUGCCGCUGCAGGAAGCGUUUGGGUCUUACCUGGAGGAGCGCGGCAUCAACGAGGACCUGGGGGAGUACCUGCGUCACGCCGUGUAUGACAAGGAGCAGCGCGAGUAUAUCGGCUGGCUGGAGCGCGUCAAAUCGUUCCUGGGGGCCAAGUGA